CAGGAAGUACACAUAAAGCCAGCAGUACUUUCACUUUAGUAAUGUGCGAACGGAAGACAGAGCACCAGCAACACGGAGGCUUUUACUCAGCUCUAAAGGCUCACUCGCACUCUUUAAGAAGAGGUCAAGAAUGGAAGAUCCAGAGAAAAGGCUUGCGGAGAUGCUGACCUGCCCAGUGUGCCAGGACACCUUUAAGGAUCCUCGGCAGCUGGCCUGUGGACACAGCCUGUGUAUGGAAUGUCUGGAAAACAUGAUAGAUCAUUCCUCAGACAUUCCCUUCCGUUGCCCAGACUGUAGGGAAUAUUUUGGACCAUACAUUGGGGUACAGAAGAGCUACACACUAGCCAGCAUUGCAGAGGACUUCAGGGAGAAGAGGAGGAGGAGGGACGAGCAGACAAAAAGUGUGUACUGCGACUGCUGCCUGGCGAAACAAACUCUGGCCAUUAAAACGUGUCUGAAGUGUGAGGUGUCGCUGUGCAAAGAGCACGUCAAGGACCACCUUGAGCUGCCUGUGUUCACGGGACACCCCUUGGUCAGGCCUCUGAAUGACCUCCAGGAGAGGAAAUGUCCGCAGCAUGAGGACGAGGUGCUGAGGUACUACUGCAACACAUCCAGACGCUACAUCUGCAAUGUGUGCGCCCUGGAGAGCAAGCAACAAAACCAAGCCACUGAGGCCUCCGCUGUCCUGCGGAGACAGCUGACUGAGUACAUGGACCAGCGUUUUGAAAUGCUAAAGGAGCAAAUGAAAGAAUCCAGUCAGUCUGUAAAAAAACUACAAGAAGACAUCCUACGAGAAAAACAGAAAGUGAACCCGGCCGACUCCCCCCUCAACAGUGUGACAGUGGUGCUGCUCUGUCUGUGGUUUAUUGUUCUGUAUUAUGCCUACAACUACUCUGUAGAAAACCAGACGCUAACAGAGGCGCUGGACAAGCAGCAGAACCGUGUGCAUCACAUUUAUUCCACCAUUGCAGAACUGUUGGUUGAUCAUCCAGUGAAGAGCCAUAAACCUGCAGAGACAGAAGAUCAAGAAAUGCUCAUGUUGGAUCUGGACACAGCCAGCCCUUUCCUUGGAAUCUCCACUGACCUCCAAACAGCAGACAGAGUGAAAAACAAGAUAACCUAUCCCAACAGCAAGAACCGCUUUGAUGAAGCCCCACAGGUCCUCUCUUCCCGGUGCUUCUCCACCGGUAACCACGUAUGGGAGGUGGAGGCUGAGGGCUACUGGGACAUUGCCGUGUCCUUCAAGAGCAUCCAGCGUAAGAGCAAGUACAACAGUGCCUUCGGAAACAACGCACACUCCUGGAGCAUUAUGCACAAUGGCCAAGGAAAGCUGUUUGCCUACCAUAACAGAGAAAAAACAGUUAUCUCUGAAACAUUGCAGAGCAGCCGAAUAGCAGUUAUGGUUGAUUUUGAGAAAGGCACCAUCACAUUCAGUGCGGUGAAGUCCAAAAUCACACAACUGCACAAGUUCAAGGCUGAACUGACUCAGCCCUUGUGCCUGGGUUUGGGGCUGUACCGUGUGGAUCCACCCAGUAGAGCCACUAUUGUGAAAGCUUCAUGAAUAAUCAACUAUCACAAACUAUCUAAAUUAUCACAAUAUCCAGCCAAUACUGGAUUCACACUGUCUUAAAUCCUGCUAUAAUGAACGAGAACUAAAACUGGCUUGCACUAAAAGUGGAAUGGUCUAAGAGUAAAGACCUGACUAAAUCAAAGCCAAAAAGAUUUGCCUCAGGAAUAUAUUUUUAUAUUGAAAGGUGUUUCAAAGUAUGUAUAGUAUGAGUGAUUCAUUGAUUUAUUUUCCCUUUUAUUGUGAAUCUUUAUUUUACUUUAAUAUAUUGUAGUGUUUUAUACAGAGUGAUUAUAUAUGUGGGUGGGCUGGAGUGAUUUCUGAUGUUUUUUUUUUAAUAGAAAAUGACGACAGAACUAUGAUAUACUGCAAACUGCAAAUGCCAAAAUGUAUCAAAGUAGAGAAGAGUCAUAUAGAAUAGAUAGUCAGCAAACUGACAACAAUGUCUAUGUAAAGGUUGCAAACAUUAACCACCAUGAGCUACUGGUCCUAGCAGACCAAACCAGGCAGGCUUUUGUUACGGAAGUUCCACCGUGUUGCUUUAAGAGAUGAAAAGGAGGAAAAUCACUUGAUUGAGCAAAAUGCUCAUUUAUUAAGAAAACAUUGAAGUUGAGCUUUUUUUUUAAACAGCUGACAAUGAUCUCAACAGAAUGUUUUAGAAAAAAAUGAAGGCAAUAUUAAACCUAGAAGGCCACUGUAGUGCCACGGUACAAAAACAAGGUAUACACUGAUACGAAGUGUUUCUCCACUCCAUAUUUCAGCUAAAUAAGUUGUUUCUCUUGCUUAUUGGAAGGGGCAUGAAACACCAGAACACUUCAGAGCAUGAAUUACAAAUCAAACAGUGAGAACUGUACAAUUAUGUCUUAAACUGCUGUAAAAAGGUCAAAAUGUUGAUCCUUUUUGUGAGAGCGUUUUGAGAAACACUUUUCCAACAACAAAUAAACUGACCUGUGUGGGCUUUAGUAAAAAAAAUCUAA